UCUGGUGAGCUGGAACAGGGUGAAUGCAGGCAGCAUCCGUGGGUGGGGGAAAGGCUGGACUCCUGCUGACCCCUCCUUGCUGUGUGCCCUCUCAGGUGGCGCUGCUGGAUACUGCUGCCUGCCCUAAGGAGGAAGGGUUCCCAGAGGCUCUAUGCCCCAGGGAGGAGGAAGAGGAGGAGGAAGAAUACAGGCAUAGGAGAUCUGUCACCUUCACACUGGGAAAUGAGAUACUGAGACUGGGCCCAGAAAGUGAGUUUCAGAGCCCUGACGCUGAGGUCUACAUGCACUUCCUAAGGAGCCACUGCUGCUACGAUGCCAUACCCACCAGCUGCAAGCUUGUCGUCUUUGACAUCUCCCUGGAGAUCAAGAAAGCCUUUCUGGCACUGGUGGCCAACGGGGUGCGUGCUGCCCCUCUCUGGGACAACAAGACACAGAGCUUUGUGGGGAUGCUCACCAUCACCGACUUCAUCAACAUCCUCCACCGUUACUACCGCUCACCUCUGGUUCAAAUCUAUGAGGUGGAGGAGCACAAAAUUGAGACCUGGAGAGAGGUGUACCUGCAGGGCUCCUUCAAGCCGUUGGUCUACAUCUCCCCAAGCAAUAGCCUCUUCGAUGCUGUCUACUCCCUGAUCAAGCAUAAAAUUCACCGCCUGCCUGUCAUCGAGCCCAUCUCGGGCAAUGUCCUGCACAUCCUGACACACAAGCGCAUCCUCAAGUUUCUCCACAUUUUUGCCUCUACCAUUCCCAAGCCACGCUUCCUGAAAAAAACAGUGCAGGAGCUGUGCAUUGGCACCUUCCGUGACCUGGCUGUUGUGCCUGAGACUGCCCCGAUCUACACUGCCUUAGACAUCUUCGUGGAUCGCCGUGUCUCUGCCUUGCCUGUCAUCAAUGAUGCCGGGCAAGUGGUUGGCCUGUACUCCCGGUUUGAUGUCAUUCACCUGGCAGCCCAGAAGACCUAUAACAACCUGGACAUCAGUGUGCGGGAGGCACUGCGGCAGCGCACUACCUGCCUGGAGGGGGUCAUCACCUGCUACCCCCAUGAGCCCAUGGAGGACAUCAUUGAUCGAUUUGCCAAGGAGCAGGUCCAUCGCCUGGUUCUGGUAGAUGAGAACCGGUACCCGCGGGGCAUCGUCUCCCUCUCCGACAUCCUCCAGGCCCUUGUGCUCACUCCCGCAGGUAUCGAUGCUCUUAACUCUUAGCCCACGGCACUCCAUCUUUCUCCACUUGCACUCCGCAUUUCUCUCCACUUCAGGUAGGCGCUGUCCUCUGUCACUGUGGGCCUGUUCCCUUCAUGACACUGGGUCACUUGCACCUUGCCACUUUCCUGCUCAGACCACCUGCCUCCACCCCAGCCAAACUGGCCCUGAGGGAUGAAGGAGGCUGGGGCUGGGGUCUGGAAGCGCUGGGUGCCCAAGGGGGGACAGCAGGACCCAGAUGCUGCUUGUCCUGGGGUACACAAGAAUCAGAGGGGGACCCCUGGUGUCCAUGAGGAGGGAUGGGGGCACUUGCCAUGGAGACAGCUCCCCUAGACUCCCAUUCAGGCAGUGAAUGGAAUGCAGGUUUUGCAGGUCUCUGGGUUUUGGGCUGGAUGAGGGUUUUGGGGUGUGAUGCACCCUAAGACAAAAGCAUAUUUUUGAUCUCACCUCAAACCCUGAGAUCUGAGCACCUCCAGUGCC